UACGAGUUAAUAGCGAUAAUUUAUUUGAUAUUAUAAUGACAUGUACUGAUUUACAUCUUUCAAUAAAUGACGAAUUACCAAAAUUUAUUUGUACAAAUUGCCAAAGAAUGUUAAUAUCGAUAAUAAAAUUUAAAAAUAUGUGUUUAAUGUCGGACACAAUUUUACGAAAUUAUAAAGAAAAUGAAAAUCAAACAAUUAUCGAUUAUAUAGAACAAUCACAAGGACAAUUAGAAAAUAUUUACCAAUACAUUCAAUUUUCUGAUGAUAUCUGUUCUAUGAAAAAUGAAAUAUCCGAAAUAAAUGUUAAAGAAGAGGUUAUUAGUGAUGACGAAUCAAAGUUUUCAGUUUAUUCACCAUCGACUUCACCAUUACACUUUCUCGAGGAAACUCCACCAAAAACCAAAAAAAAGGCACGAAAGAAAAAAGGAUUAGAUAUUGAUUAUAAUUUAGAGCAUGCUCUAAAAGUAGAAUUAGAAACAAAUUCAGAGACUGAAGAAAAAGAUCGAAAGAAAACUGCACGAAAAAGGCAUACAAAUAAGGAAAAUGAGGAAAAGAAAAAACAGAAGAAAGAAUUACGAAUAUGUUAUAUAUGUGGUAAAAUGACAUUACAAUUAACGGAACAUUUAAUAACGCAUCGUGAUGAACGCGACUGGAAAUGUGAUAAAUGUGAAAAAAUGUUCUCAAAUCGUGCAGCUUUGCGUAAACACCAGGCUGUACAUAAUCCAUGUAAUGUGCAUUGUGAGAAAUGUGGAAGAAUAUUUCCUCGUAAGCAUUCGCUAGCCCGACAUAUACGCACAGUACAUUAUCCAACGAAAUCAUUUGAGUGUUCGGUAUGCUCAAAGCGAUGUGAGAAUGCGUACAAUUUAAAGGUACAUCAAAUGAUACAUAGCGGCGAAAAACGGUAUAAAUGUAAAAAUUGUCCAGAGCAAUUCACAUGUAAAAUAAAAUAUCGUGAACAUGCUAUUGAUGCACACAAAAUGAAUCCUUCAAAGUUAUUUCAAUGUGAUAAGUGUCAUUUAACAUUUGUGUAUAAUUUUCAAUUGUUGGCACAUCAGAAAAAAACUGACCAUAAACCACAAGUAUCGAGCGAACUUGGUAACAGCAGUCCAAAUGAAACAUUUCAAUGUACAGAUUUUGAUGAGAAAGUUUCAUAAAUAAAUGGACGAUAUAUUUAUAAUAA